GUGUACGAGAGCUCGUUGGCAGUAAGCUUCCGUGAACACGCGAAGGCAUCACGGGAGCAUCAGCGCAGUCGAGAGGAGGAGAAGGAGGAGGAGAAGGGGGAGGAGGAGGAGGAGAGGAUGAGGUUUUUAUGGGAGGCCAUGGUCUAUGGAUCAGAGAAAAGUUCUCUUCCAGUGGAUGCAGGAUUGGGGGUUGAACACAUACUUGUAUGGUCCAAAAGACGACCUGAAACACAGACUGCUGUGGAGAGAAGUCAAUUGCGUACGCUCAUAGUUGAGGCCCAGUCCAGAAGUCUUCGGUUUGUCUACGCACUCUCUCCUGGACAGGACAUAGUUUUUUCUUCCUCCUGUGAUUUGACACUGCUCAAACGCAAACUAAGACAGGUGUCAGACCUGGGCUGCCAAGCAUUUGCCAUUCUGUUUGAUGACAUCGAUCACUCCAUGUGUCAAGCUGACAGUGAGGCCUUUGCUUCAUUUGCCCAUGCUCAGGUCACAGUAACCAACGAGAUAUAUCGAUUCUUGGGAGAGCCGGCUGUCUUCCUUUUCUGCCCUACAGAAUACUGCGGCUCCCUGUGUUCUCCCAGUGUGUCCAAGUCUCCCUACCUGCAAACUAUUGGCGAGGACCUUUUGCCUAAUAUCACAGUCAUAUGGACCGGCAGUAAGGUAAUUUCAAGAAAACUGUCUGUGGACUGCCUUGCUGAGGUGGAGUCUGUCCUCCAGCGCCCCCCACUAAUCUGGGACAACUUGCACGCCAAUGACUAUGACUCCAGACGUCUGUUCUUGGGGCCUUUCAAGGGUCGAGAGCCACAGCUGAGGAAUCACCUUAGGGGCCUCCUGCUCAAUCCAAACUGCGAGUUUGAAGCCAACUAUAUCCCGUUGCACACACUGGGAAGCUGGCACAGAACAGGAAAAGAGAAGAUGAAAGAUGAGGAGUGCGAGUACUGUCCUGAAAGAGCUCUGUCUGCUGCACUACAUGACUGGAUGGAAGAACUCAAUCAGCCUCUACAAGCUGGUCGGCAGAGCUCGAGGACAGACCAAAGGGCCUCCGUCCCGCAAUCACGGUGCAAACCUCCUGACAGGUCUGACUGUCCCUCCACCCUCAGGGGGACUUCUGUUGUGGCCAAACUCCCUGUCUUCCCAUUGAAUUCAAGCUCUCCACCCUCCUCGCCCACUAUCGUAAAGAAAGAGAAGGAGUUAAGGGAGGGGGACAAAAAGAGGUCAAACCAGCCAAGCCAACCCAGUCAUCAACCUCCAGGAUCCCGGCUUGGAGCCCCUGUGGUUGGAUUCCGGGCUCAGAGAGAACAGGUUCGCGGACACUGUGGUGGGAAGGGACAGCUAAGUGAGUCCCAAGUUCGGUUGCUGGUUGGUCUUCAUUUUCUGCCCCAUGAGCAUGGCCCAGCAGCCCAGAAACUCCUGCAGGAUCUCACCUGGCUGAAAACAAACUGUCACCUGGUCAGUGCCAACAGUAAGAAGGCACAGCCUCAGAAGGUUGAUGAGUGGCGGGGGCGAGCCUCGAGGUUGCUUUCUCUGUGUGAAGAAAUUGGACAGCUCCAUUGCAGUGUGGUUGGUGGGGCUAACAGGGCGGUCCUCUAUGACCUUUACCCUUAUGUGUGGGACCUUAGGAACACAGCCCUGGUGGCAAAGGCCUUUAUCUGUUGGCUGGAUGGCCGAGUAUUAAGUGACAGCUCCACCCUUGGCACCUGGAGGAACUGCUUUCACUGGUGUGGGAAGACCACAGGAGCUGACCUGCUGGGAGUAGACUCAGAGCCAUGGGCAUUCAAAGGUGGAGUGUCCGGGGAGGUGCAGAUGCUCCUCCCAAUUGGCAGCAGCAAUGAACUUUUUACUCAUCCUCCUCCACUCUUCCCUACCUCGCGUCUCUACAAUAUUAGACCCUACCACAACAAAGACAAGGUGGAGCUUUACCGAAUGGUUCGCCAGUUUCAUUUGAGGACUCAGGGUGGCCAGGAGUCCAGCACAGCUCAUCCAGAUGUCAUAGGCGACAGAUGUCUUGGCCCAUGCCUGGCGUUGAGCCCAGAGUACAGCUUCAUCCUGGAAGAUGAGCUUGGUGUGUGCGGCUGUGUGCUUGGCAUCUUAGAUGUUCGCUCAUUUGCCAAGCGGUGUCAGGCCAGCUGGAUACCUGCCAUGAGGGACAAAUACCCCCCUAGAGGGAACAAUACACACCCUAACACACAGGACUUAAUCAAGUUAAUGGAAGAGGACCAGGGUGAGUACCCAGACAGUCUUCUAUAUCACUUUCCGUCUCAGCUGCGUUUGGACGCCCUGCCGGAGCUGGUGGACAUCAGCGUCAGCCGAACUCUGCUCACCACUCUACUCACUGCACUCAAGGCCAAUGGUUCUCAGGGUGUGUUCUGCGAGGUACAACCAACAGACCGUCAAAGGCUGGAGUUCUUGACAAAACUGGGCUUCUUGGAAAUCCUCAGAGGGGAGGCCAGGAGCAGAGAGGGUGUGGUGCUGGGAAGACUGCUCUGAACAUUAAAAACACUUGAAACAAUCACACAAAUAUUAUUGCACACUUAAGACUUUGCAAGAGAUGAGAUACCCAACAUUUACUGCUUAUUCAUUAUUUUAAAGCAACAACCUUCAGUCAUUUACAUAUUGCUGAUAUGUAUGUUAAUGUUCCUCACGGUGUCAUUUAGACAUGCGCUAACUUUCCAAUAAUGUUCUAGCUUAGUUACGAAUUGAGCAAGAGCACCAAAUUCCUUUAAAAGUCUGACUUUUCUGGAAAAAGUUUUUCGUGUUUCAACAACAUUCAUAUCAAUACGUCUCAAUCCCUUGCUUUCCUACAACUAUCAUGAAUCUUACAUGCGUUUAAUAAUGAUAUCGGAAUACAACUGAAAGCACUUUUUUUUUUUUAAGUUGGCAAAAGCGCAUUCCAAUAAGAAUUUACAACAAAAACAGUUCAAAACAAGAUGGAACUGUUGUUCAAUGCAACAUUUUAAGCAUCUGAAUGAAUUACUGAAUAAUGCAUAUUGUAAGAUAAACUUUUCCACAGAUUCAUGCUGAGACCUAAGCUGCUCAGUUUUGUGUUGGGUUAAAAGUACUUUUUACUUUAUACUUUGGAAUUAUUCAUUCAGAUGUGACAUUCAGCGGCCAUUACAUUAAUGGAAAGUAUCACAUGUCUGCCUUGUGCUAUAUGUACCGGUAACAACAGUUUACGCUCAAGUUGAUACACAAAAUAGACCACACGACCUGCACAGCACUGUGUGGAAAGGAGUAAGCUUUUUUGGGGGCACAGUUUGAGAUUCCUUUGAGUCUGUGUGGCAGUAAUUGAAGGAUUUACAUAAUAUGGUUCAAGCUUUGAGUCAAAUUCCAUUGUAAAGCUGGUCUAAUCUUUCUAAGAAUCCUCUUAUGGUUUUGUAUAUAACAAUCUCUCUUCAAGUGUCAAGGAGGGAUAGAACAGAAUAGUUUAAGGGAGCAGAGCCCUAGGUCCCUGGAUAGUUUUUUAGUUAUAAGUUUAGAAUAAUUUCUCUUUAAAUCAGGACAAAAAUGUGCUUUUAUAAGCAAUUAAAAACAGGGUGACUUUUCUCUUUUUUAAAAGGGACUAUAUGAACAAACAUUUCAACAUAUUUUCUGGACAAUAGCAAUUUAUCUGCAUUUAGUUACGAUUAAGAUUGUACAAAAGGAAAAAGGAAAAAUUAAGCAAAAUGAU